GGGCUAAGUGAGGAAACAUCCUCUUUUUCAAAAUCCCUUUGAGCUUGAAAACUCUCCAUUAUUGCAAAAUAGGGAAGAACUGCCCAACUCCUCCCCUACAGUGCCAUUUCAUCUGCACUGAAUGCUGACAUUUUUUUUUUAUAGAAAAACAAAACUAGUGGCAGCAAGCAGAGACCUGGGGGCCAAGGUACAAGGCAGAGUACAAUUGGCUAAUUUGUCUGUCCAACACUUGCCCUACCUUCUUUUUCUAACUAUAAAUAGAAGGCCCUGGCUUAAAACUCUAAUUGUUUGUAUCCUACAGGAUGUCCUGUCUCCAGGCCCUGUGUUCUAACAUUGUUGCCAUAUUCCUGGGACUCUGCCUACAACUACUAACCACUGGUGAAGCUGUGGACAUGCAAAAGCUGCUUGAUGUAAACGUGGCUCCCAUGGGACCUGCAAAACCAAGAGAGAACAUCGAACUGGCAUGUCGUAUUCAAUCAUUUUGGACAGGUUGCACUGCAGUAAAGGUCUACACCCAAAGCAACCUGCCCAUUGAUUUCCCUUUUGGAAAUUUCAAUUAUACUUACUGUGCGUGUCAUAGGGAAACUAAGACCUUCUACUGGACAAUCCAAAGCCACAGGACUGUGAAUGUAGGAUGUAAAGCUGUUUUCCUUCUGGAUGAUGUUUGCCCUGAGGGCCAGAAUUCAGUUCCUCCCCAGAGCAAAAGAAGAUAUGGUUCUAAUAUGAAGACCUUGGAAAUAUCUAACUAGCUACAAGCCCAAGGCUCUCUCCUUUCCCCUCAUCAUUUAAAGUCACUGUUAGUUCUGGCCCCAGAACUAGCUCUGAGCCUCUGAGACCAGUUUCAAAUGUAGAAUAAACAUAUCAUACUUCUCUGCCUG